AUUGUAAUGCUAAAAUAAUGUAUAAUAUUUAAAUUUUGAUCAUUAUGUAACAUGAUUGCGGUAAUGUUUUCAGUAGGUCUAUUCUGUCACUCGUAACGACAGUUCGGUAUCGUUAUAUUGUCGUUGCGCACCUUUUUUGUCAUAUAUAAUAUGCGCAACAACAAUAUAACGAUAUUGACACUGUCGUUAAGAGUUACAGAAUAGGCCUACAGACAUUAAAAACCGUAACGAUUUUUUUUUUUUUUUUUUUUGACGAGAAGUUAAAGGUUUUUUAUAAGUUGUGUGAGUUCCUAGAUUUGUUUUAUCAAGUUACCGCAAUUUCCGUGUAUCCUCUUAAUACUUUUAUUAAGUUCUACUCCCACCGGUUACCUCAAUCUUGCGCAGAUUCAACAUUCCGAGAGCGCGUUGAACCAUUAUACGUCAUUUGACCUAGCAUGUCUUUUUUGAACUGUUAAUGUCCUAUUUUUUAUACGGAUUCUAAAAAUCAUCAAUACUUACAGAGAUGUUCAGUAAAUCUUAAGUGAUAACACAAUAUUUGACGAACAUAGCAAGAUAUUACAAAUAAUAUUUAAAUAAAUAUUUAAAAAAUUGUUUUAUAUGCUUAUAUUUCUUUCAACAUAGAUACGUAUAUAUGAAAAUGUCAUAUCAUCCCGAUUUUAACGUGAUAAUUUUUUCUUUGUUUUUGUCGACCUAGAAAUCGUAUCAGCUGGCUAAUUCAUGCAUGUCGUUAGCAAGAUAACAAUAAAUUAUUAAUGAAAAUACAAAUCAGACUUACUUUAUGUAAAAUAAUUUUAUACUUUAAAGGGUUAAAUUACAUCUUGACCGAAAGAUGAAGGAAAUUUUUCUUAUUAGAUUCAUAUUACUUUUGCGUCCCUAUAUAUUGUCGAAGAUCCUGAUCACGGUGUGAAUGCUUGCGUGAUCAUGGCUGCGUAACCGGCGAACGAACGGUUCCAGUCCAACUGGUUCUCAGUGAACCACGUGUUGAAAAUCUAUGAGUCGUAGUACAAUUCCACGCCAUGCUGGCAUCGAUAGCGUGUUCGUAAUCAGUAAAUUGUAAUCAGUUUUUUGAUUAGUUUUGGCGCGUUGCUUACUUUAGAACAUCGAGUAGAGUUGGGUUACCGUCUAAAUAUUACUUAGCGAUUAUGACAGAAUAUCUCAAAUGCCUAAGAAGCAAAUUAUUAUCGUAACCAGCUAAAAACGUGUAUCGAUUGUAUAUUCGAUGCAAGCAACAUGAAAUGCUUUAAUAAGAAAAUUUAAAUGUCAUUGUUUAAAUGUUUGAAUGUUUAAAUUCUUAUUUCUUUAUAUUAUUUUUUUAUAUGUUAUAUUAUAUUUAUAUAGAUACAUCUUUAUAUACAUUUUUUUUAAUAUUUUGCAAUAAACAUAAGAAACUUCACUUUGUUGCUUUGUUGAUAUAAUCCGAAGUUUCAGUGAGUACAUAUUGAAUAUUUGACAUCACGAAAUAUUUGUUUACUGUUUUUUUGCAAUCAAAUAUUAAUUUAAAAUUUUUGUUUAUAUAUAUUUAAUUUCUCAGUGUAUUGAUACAUUAAAAGUGUAUUUUUUUUACAUUAAAAUACUUUCAAAUAACAGUUUCUUAACAAAUGUAAUGCUUAUUGUAUGUAUUAUUAUGUCUCUUGAAAAUCUCUUAGUAUAAAUUUUGUUAUUCUGUUUUUUUUAUAAUGUGUAAAUAGAGAGAUUAAUUGCUGUGCGCGGAAGAAAGUUUAUGGAAUUCAAUGUCGGAAUGCCGUCUCGUUUUACACAGACUAAUCGCUGAUCAGGUGUUCACUUAACAUAUCAGCAAAUUUUCAGUAACGGCAGCUACCGUGGACUCGUAUUAUGAAUUCUCCAAUUCAUAUACAGCUAGCGAAGUGGACGGUCCCGACGAUAGCUGUUGUCGUCGCAUUCUUUUGGUACAAACGUCGUCGGAUAGACAGAAGUGAACUUCAAUGGAAUGAUUCAGGGGGGACUGUAACAUCGAAUGUAGAAACGGCGAUUUUAAAUGAUACAAAGGAAAUUGACACCAGUCCCUGUAGGUCUGGCAAGGACAUCAACCAAGAAUCCUUAAUUGACUGUCACACGCGACAAGAAGAGCCGACUCGCGUUCCAAGAAAGGUCAGCGAAAGCAUGGAUAUUCCAUUAAAAAAUUCAACGUCACAAACCAACUUCUGUAGCAAUAAUCAGAGUGCAUACGCGGAGUUAUGCAAUACGGAUGUAGAAUUUGGUAGUAAUCCGAGUGCAAGCUAUUUUGAAAUGAUUGCUACAAGUGCGUCCUUCAAGUCCAGUAAGAAUGUUGACAACGUAACAAGAAUAUGUGAAAAUGUCACCAGUGAAGAGCAGAUUUUGCCUUGCGAGACGGAACCAUCUGGCCAACACUGUAUCACAGAUGAAUGUAAUCAUAAGGAGGAUGGACAGCAAUUUGAGGGACACAUCACCCAAAAUCAGGGACAAGAGCUCGACGAAAGAGAUUCGGCCAAUCACAGCCCAGUUUCCGUUUUGGAUGGCAGCGUCACGGACGAAGCCAGAAGCGAAGGAAGUAACACGGAUAGCGGAAAAGGUGGAAGUAUCAACGGUGGCAAAAAGGAUAAUGUUGCACCAUCUACAUACAACUUUGCUAUACCGCAACAUUUAGUGGGCAGGUUGAUUGGCCGUCAUGGUAGCUUUUUACAUAGUAUCCGUACAAAAGCCAACGUCGGCAUAUAUGUCAAUGAUCACCCUUGCGAUGGCGAUCAUAAAAUUUGCUCGAUACGAGGUAGUGUUGAGGGAAUUAAAGUUGCGCUUAAAAUGAUAAGACAGAAGUUUCCAGAGAAGAGGUUUCCGCAAGUAACAUUAGCAGAAAUCUCGACAAUACCCGAGGUGAACGAAGUACCUGCGUACAAUGUCCUUGUACAACGGCCCUUGUCCUUGGUUGAUGGCGUUAAUAAUGACAUCAAUAUCUCUCAUAUUGUCAAGCCAAAUUGGCUCUUUGUUCAGCUUCCGACUCAUCCGUCAUUUCUCCUUCUGCAAAAUUUAGAACUACAUAUGACGAAUUGGUAUAACGAAGAUAUGCUGCCAAUUCCGGAUGUAUUAAACAAGGGCGAUUACGUAGCUGUAUAUUGGAGCGACAAAUGGGUUAGAGGCUAUAUUGAACGUCCCGAUCCAUCGGGAGAGAGAAGCGUAGUACGAUUACUUGAUUACGGUGGUUAUUGGCAGUUUAGUAAUUCUCAAUGUAGGCCAUUGAUAUGUAAUUAUUUGAGUUUGCCUUUCCAAGCAAUCGAAGUCUUUUUAGCAAAUAUCCAGCCAAAGAACGGCAAAUGGUCGACAGAAGCUUACAAUGUGGUACAAAGUUGUUCUUCAAAGGGAGUUGCUCAAGCGCAGAUUGAAGGUCGCAUUCAAACUAAUAUUUAUGCAAAUAUUUAUUUUAUUAUACAAAAUUACGGACUAAUUUCCCUUACUGAAGAAUUGAUAAUAAAUGGACAUGCUGAACAAGUAGCAUGGGAGCAGAUGAAGCCAGAAACACUUGAAUCCAUCUGUACAGAGUUGUAAAAAACUCUAUAAUUUUCAAAUUUCCUGUCAAAUUAUCAUGCAUAAUCCGUAGUUCUUAGUCAGUAUGGACUAGAGUUUAAAAUACAGUCACCAUUGGUAAUCUUUAAUCACAUCAAAAUUAUUUUGCUUUUUGACUUUGUUCUUUACUGCCUCGUAUUUCUUUAUUGAAAUCACUGUGAAUACUGACUUCAUGUUUCUUAAUAGUUAAUUAUCUACAUAAAAAUAUAAAGUAAAUAAUGCAGUAUAUAUACAUAUAUCAUUCUAAUAAUGAACAAAAUAAGACUAUAUUUCGCUGUACAGAAGAUAUACAGAUAUUUUUGUCGCGUUUAAAAAAUAACAUUUACAGUUAUUCCCUGUUGCUCGAAAAGAAAAAUUCUGUAAGCAUAAAACUCGUUUCAAACGAGUUCUGACAAGUACAAAAAAUUUGAUUUAGUCCAAUAACGUAAGAACCUUUUUUAUAGCAACUCUCUGAAUAUUGCUUGUGAUAUUUUCUCUCUUUUAAUUGAAAAACUGAAAUGUUUUCAUUCCAAUGUUAUUUGCAAGACAAGUCUCUCAAAUAAUUUCAUCAACAUUCAGAAAACUAUUUUCAUUGCUCGAGCGCCUGGAGACUGUUAUAAAGAAAAUGCAACCCAUGUUUAACUCUUCUACACCCUUAUAUCUUUGUAUAUAUUGUAAAAUAGUUUUUCAGUUGUAGAAUAUUUAAAUCUUGUAAAAGAGAGGAAGUUAUAAAGAUUUGCUAUAAUAUGGUAGAAUAGAACAAACAACAUAUGCAUUUUAUAAAAUAUAGUGUCUAUAUAAACUAAAACAUUGUAUCGAAUAACUCAGACGAAUUAGGAAAUUCGUUUCUACGUGACUCAUUCAUUUCUGAUUGGGGACGAUUCGAGAAUUCACUGAAAUAAUUUCAAUUUCACAUUAAUUUUAGAUAGAUCACUUUAGAUUAAACUUGUCACCGUAAAAGUUAUUGUUAAAUAUUGCAUUUCAUUUCAUGUCUCGUGUUAGAUUUUCAAAUCAUUUCAAGGUUACUUUACCAAAUUAAUUUAGAGAUUUAUUUUUUCAACAUUAUUUUUUAGUAGCUAGUAUUCUGCACAACUUCAUUAUUAUGGCAUAAAAUUAUUUUAUGCAUGCUAAUUAUGCCUUAGAACGAUUUCUGAAAUCUUUGGCAAAGAGACUAAACUUUGAACGAAUUCAGACGUACAUAUAACACUGUAAUAUAUUCAAUUGUUUACUUCGAUGUCGAAUCAUCGUGAUAUGGCUAAUACUAAUCUUUUCUAUGCAAGAUUUCAGUGCAGUAGAAAAUAGUUAAUUGAAAAAAAGUCUAUAUAUACUUUAUAACUCUUACAUUGCGCGCUCAACUGGAAACGUUUGGCAGUUAUAUGGAAUGUUAAUAUUUAAUAUUGUUGAUUGAACGUGAUAUAUAGAAAUAUUUUUCUAGGAAUAUAUAUGCAUGUAAGAUUACAAUCAUUAAAAUCACUCACAGUAGAUAUUUUCUCGCGCGCUGCGAUUAAUUCAAUUUAUUAUAAUUUAUUAUAAUUCUUAAAACAAAAACAGCGACAAUAUGGCGCAACAAACGUCGUUACGUAAUAAUCAUUCGUAAUUCAUUUUGUAUAUAUAUAUACAUAUAUGUAACUGACUGCAAUUUUGACUAUUCAAAUUUUGUACAACACUUAGUAUUACUUUACAACUCUUUGUAUUAAUCAAUAUAUUAAUUGGGUAAAUUUAGUAGCUUUUGUAUAUUUGUCAGUAUAAUCUUUGGAGUUAUUAGACUUGCAAUCAAUUUUUAUUGCAAGUUUCUCUUAUAUCUUUUAUACGCCUUCUGUAAAAUACAGCAUAAGAAAAACAGAAAAGAGAACAGUGUUAUGCUAAAAUUUAAGCCAUUGUUUUGUAUUGUAGAGCAGAAAUAAAGAUGUUUGUAAAUAGCCAAA